AUGGUCGCGAUAGCACGUUGCUCGCCCGCCGCUCGUUGUUUUCAGCCUAAUCAUAUUGCGAGAAUCGCAAGAAGUCUAGCGGGACAUUUUGUUUUUGUAUAUAUAUUUUAUAAUAGAUAUGUGGAGUCGCCUAUUAUUACUGAUAAAAUAACUUAUUAUAAGUCUCUUCCAUCGCCUAGCCACCAUAUCUGGGCGACACAUUUGGUUAAUGGAUUGCUUCGCAAAGGCCACCAUGUACACGUAGUGAGCAUACAUGAGACUAAGGUCGAGGAUAAACUUGCGCAGAAUUUGACAUAUCGUGUUUUCGAUGGUUUGAUGGAAGAAUUUGACGAAUCUGGAAGUUUUAAUCCGAUUGAAUGGGAACAGUACAGUGUACCGUAUUCAAUAUAUUAUUUAUAUCAACUAUGUAAUAUGGGAUGUAAUAUGAUAAUAAACACUAAAGCAGCGAAAGAGCUUUUGGAAAUGAUUAAAACUGUCGAAUUUGACAUUAUAGUGCAGGAUAUUACAUGUGACGAAUGUUUAUACGGAUUGUGGGAGGUUGCCAAAGGUAAACCACCCGUAGUGGGAUUUAUUCCGUAUGGCUCUAUACCUUGGCUCAAAGAUUUUAUUGGAGGUCCAAAUUAUCCAACUGUUCGAUCUUAUGCAAGUUCAGCCAUCAGUGAACCCAUAGGUUUGUGGCUGAAAACAUGGAAUACUUUAUAUUUCAUUAUAGAUGAUCUCAUGCGACAUUACUAUUACUUGCCUAUUGCGCAACAAUUUGCUGAGAAAUAUGUAGGUCACCCAAUCAGGCAAUUACACGAAAUAGAAAAAAACAGAAUUAAUAUCGUAUUAAUAAAUAGUCAUUCUGCAUUUCAACCUGCAAUUCCAUUACCGCCGAACACCCUGGAAAUUGGAGGACUGCAUGCUCAAACCGUGCAACCAGUUACUGGCGAUGUAGUUACAAUAUAUCCCAAGUUUGUACGCGAAUUUCUUGACGGAGCAAAGGAUGGAGCCAUUGUAAUAUCAUUAGGAACAAAUGUGAAAUGGAAAUCUGUUGGACUAGACAAGUUUGAAACUGUUUUCCUGGCUUUAUCAAAAUUAAAACAACGAGUACUGUGGAAGUUAGACAUUGAAGUGCCAUUUGAAAUACCGAACAAUUUCAUGAUUGUGAAAUGGAUGUCCCAAUGCGAAGUUCUAUCUCAUAAAAAUGUCAAAGCAAUUUGGACUCAUGGUGGUCUUCUUAGCGUACAGGAAGCCAUUUGGAAAGGUAUACCAAUGAUCGCAUUGCCUUUCUUUAUAGAUCAAAAAAGCAAUGCACGAACGUUAGUAGCAAAAGGUGUUGGCAUAUAUUUGGAUAUAAGAACUUUGUCUGUACAAACUAUAUUACACGCAAUUGAAGAAAUACUUUACAAUGAAAGUUAUACAAAAAACAUGAAACGAUUAUCUAGUGAAUUCCGGGAUCGGCCAAUACCGCCGUUAGACUUAGCUGUUUGGAGCAUUGAAUACACUGUUCGCCAUCCAAACGGAACUUUAGUAACGCCACUUAGACGCCAAAGUUGGAUAGAACAGAAUCUAAUUGACGUUUAUGCAUUUUUAUUUUUUAAUCUUAUUGUAAUAUUGUUAACUAUAUUUUUUGCAAUGAAAAUACUUAUUUAUAUUUAUCAUAAUUAUAUAAAUGCGAAAUUGCAAAAGAGCAAACAAAUGUAAGAUAUUUAAAUGUUAAUAAACAUUAUG